CCGAAACAACUUACCCACAACCAAAUCGGCUGUACGGAAUGAGUAGUUCACUUUCGGUCAUCUCAUUUUCGUAUUUUUUUCGAAAAUCCUUAACACAUAUUUGGUGCAUAAGCCAUAAGGUAAUUCAAAUCAUUUAUUUAUAUAUUCAACAGUCUAAGAACAAAUUAAAAUUUAAGAAAAAAAACAGUUUUCAUCUUGAAAUUCGUCACGAUAAUUACACAGCGAUAUUUGUAAUAGGCGAUUUGUUUCUUUGUUUGCCCUCCUCGAUGUGUUGGGCUGGACCUGGGGUAGGCGAUUUGAUUUCUCUGAGACUGAGUGCUUUAAUUCUAGUAUGGCGAGGCAAGAGAACGGAUCGGUUAUGGAAAAUGGCAGUGCUACACAUAAUGAAUUUUCAAACUGGAUGGGAGAGUUACCUGACAGAUUACGAAGUGAAUCACUGAAAAAUAUAGCUAUUCCAGGAUCUCACGACUCUUUCAGUUUCUUCCUCGACUGCCAAUCACCAGUUUCAUCGGGCUCACCAGACACAGUACGGAACCUUGUCGCAGUCUUUGGUGAAGCAGCCAAAAAGAUUGUCCACAAUUGGUCAGUCACACAGUCACUCAACUUCAAACAGCAGCUGGACCUAGGAAUUCGCUACUUUGACUUCAGAAUAUCACGCUGUCCAGGCAAGGAGGGCUUCUAUUUUGUGCAUGGUCUGCAUGGGUUACAAGUCAGCAACAGCUUGCGAGAAAUCAAUGACUGGUUAAAUGAGCAUCCCAGUGAAGUUGUAAUCAUUGAUUUCAACCAUCUGUACUGCAUGAAGGAGAAGCAUGAUCAGCUCAUAUCCUGCAUAGAGGAUGUUUUUUCCUCCAAGCUUUGCCCUGAGAUGGAUCUGGAAGCAGUUACCCUUAAUGUCCUGUGUGAUGAGGGCUGGCAGGUGAUUACAAUCUACCAUGAUGAAACGUCGGUAGAACAUCCUAACAUCUGGCAAGGCCGCAGUAUCCACAGCGUAUGGCCCAACACAACUGAAGCACCAAAGAUGGUGAAUAUACUAAAUGCUCAUCACACCAGAGGAAGGCCUCAGGACAAGUUUUAUGUAUCACAGGGUGUCUUGACCCCAACGGGUACUACUGUUCUACAGCAUAUCGGUAGUAACUUGAAAGAUGUACUCGCAACUGCAGCAAUCAAGAAUACAAAGUUCUUUUUGAAAGAUAAAACUAUUGGACCAAAGGGUAUUAAUAUUGUCAUUGCAGACUUUGUAGAGAUGGAGCAGUAUGUCGAGUCUGUUCUUGUACUCAAUCCGAAGGAAUAGUGGAUUACUGUAAUAUGCCAAACUUGCCGUAGAGAUGGAAAAGAAAUUUUAAUUGAAGAACAUAUGUGGUACUUUUAUGUAUAGUAUUUAUUGUGGGUAUUUAUUGUGAAGCAUCAUAAAUAGUAUUCAUAUAUUUGAGUCAUUUAUUUAUAAAUAUUGAUUUACUUGUAUUUGUGCAUAAAAAGAGUUGAUUUUUUUUCAAUCAAUGUCAAUUACUUGUAGAUUUGGGUCUUACAUAUAAAGCUUAUGCAAAAUUGCAAAUGUUCAUGUUUAAAACUGAUGAAUGAUAUAAAUGUUAUUGUUUAUUUUCAUAUUCAAGAUAGUAUGUAGCUAUUGUAGUGACCAAGAAGUGCUAUUGAUAAUCGCAAGCAGAAAAAAAACAUGAGAUGUUGUUAAAUUAUGUGUUUAGAAAUUAGAAUUCAUUCUGAAUGUCCAUAUCAGUAAGCUGCAAACUUGAGCUCGUGAAUCAGUUUCUCAAAUUAUACUCUGUAUUUGGGAAGAAAAAAAUUAGUCUCACUUUGCAAUAGUUGAAGAUGAUUUUUUUUUCAUAUGUAUAUGAAACUCUAUUACUUCCAAAAUAAGUUGCAGAAUUUCAGUCUCUCAAAAAUCCAGCAUUCCUGUACAAAUUAAUAAAUCAAUUACAUGUAGAUAGAAUUUUUGUGAUUCAGUAAAAGCAUAAUAUUGAAAAACAAAAGGUUCUUACAACCUUUUUGUGUAUGUUUAGGCUAGUGUGCUGUUAAUUGUUUGUUGUUGUUUUGCAAUUGAUUUGAUUUCAUCAAUUAGAUCCUGCCAAUAUUGAUUUGUUUUUUAGUUGAUUUUAACAAGAAUGAACUUUUUCUCCUCUCAAAUGAUAACAGCUUCAUUGUUCCCUGUAUUCAUUCCAAGGUGCUGUGUUAAGUUAGAGCUAAAAAAAAAAAUGAUGCAAAGUCUGUAUGCAACUCCGAGACAAUUUGAUUAGAGAGAGAUACAAAUGUCAUCAUUAAAGCUAUUGUACCAAUCAUCUUACUAUAAUAAGCUAUACCAUGUUUAUGUAAACAAGUUUUUCUUGUAGGGAAUGUGUAGGCUUGCAAUGAAAACCCCACAUGAUUGUAGCUGUAUUCUUUUUUGUACUUGAGCAUUAUAUCAAGCCUCAUUCAGUUGAGACAAUGCUCAGCAAUAAUGUUAUGGUGAGAGAACUCAUUCCACGUAUGCUAAUGAACAUGUUAAUACAUGCAUGCCCUUAAACAGGAAGCCUACAUGUAGUACUGGGAAAGAUGGUGCUUUUGUUAUUUAACUGAUUUGUCCGAUGGAAAGGAAUAUAAUUAAGAAUAGGCCUAUAUUUAGUAAUUAAAGAAUUAUUGUAAAUGCAUGAAGUACAAGAAAUUAUUUUUCUUUUAUUGCCUCAAAAAGAACUGUAGCCUUGUUUUGGAAUAUGAUAAAUUACUUAUCAUUGUAAGGCUUAUGGGGCGUUUCAAGAAACUUUUGCGAUCAAUUGCAAGUCUACUUUCAGUCCCUAUUAAAUCGAUCAUAAGUUUUGAAAUUAAAAAAUGAAAUUGCAAUUAUUUGUAAUCUGCUUCUUGAAACAAGCAGUGUAAUCUGACUUGCUACAGUUAAGAUUGAUAUAUCAAUUGUAAAAUUGCAACAAAAUGUUUGCAAUAGAUUGCAAAUAUUUUCUUGCAGCACCCUGUUAGAUUCUCCUCUUUCACCUUGUAAAUCUUAGAAGAUUCUUCAUUCAUGCAUGAGUGAGUAAAAAAACAAAUAGAAGAAAGGUUACCAAAAAGUCACGUGUUGAUGGGUAUCUGAAUUUAAAAAAGAAAAUCACUUUUAAAAAUUUCAAUAUUUUUGCUUUAAUUUGAUACCUCAAUCACAGAAAAUGGUUAAGAAAUAACAAAGUUCUGUUUAUUUAAGAUAAUGCUUGAAUUUCAAUAAAUUCAUAAAAUGAAGAGGCUUCAGGGCUAUUCCACGGUUACUCACGUUACAUUUGGAGACACCUUGACUCAUACUUGGAGCUGUAACUCCAUUAUUAUUAAUAGGAACUAAACAUCUCUUUAUCACAACAUAGUACGCAGUCUGACUAUCCUUUGUAUAAAAACAAAACUUGGGAAAUUUCCUAUAUGCUCCUGGCAAAUCUUUGAAAUGUGUUGGUUACUCAUGUUACAUGAUUUGGACAUGCAUAAAAUGAAAAGUGGACAUAAGUGAAAAGUGUCCUCAUGCAUUUCAUUAAAUCAUUUCAUGAUUUACUGAAUUCUAUGAAUAUUUCAUACCAUCUAGGGUAUAAUAAAUAAAGAUGAUACUUAAUGAUGGUAUGAAUGAAAUAUAAGUCAUUUGCCUAAGUUUGACACAUAAUAUCGAGAAUCCUGGUUUGCUUACUUCUCAGACGCAAUGUAUGCAUAAAAAAGGUCCUGCACUAUGAAGUCAAGUUCUACAUGUAAUAAAAUUAGGAACAUGGGGAGCAUAAAUUCCAUUUAAAAAAUUUAUAUAUUUCUAUGGAUAAAAUAUUGGAAAAAAAGUCAAUUCAUAAAAUUCAUGAUUCACUGGAAAAUAGGAGCAGCUCACAAGUUACGCCACAGAAUAAAAACUGAAAUUACAUAAUUCUGCCAUCUUUUAAUGGAUUCUCACAUUUAUUGAUGAGUUUCUUUCCUGCAUUUUGUGCUGUAAAUAUAACAAAAGGAAUAUUUAUGUACACAUUGUACAAACCAUUUUACUUGGUUGUCUGGGUAAAGCCCACUAGGGAAUUUCACAAAGAUCUGAUUGCCAAUCGCAUCAGAGGCCAGCGCACACAUAGCAACAGCUCUACAACGCCAACGAGCUGCAUCUACAUGGAAUGCACUGCAGCGGCGUAGCAAAUUGGUCAUGACAUCAUCAUCUAGGACAAAUCUGAUUGGCUCAAAUUAUCAAAUUCGCAGGAAGAUUUAACAUCCAAUAUCUGACUUUCAGUCUGCGAUCUUCUGCAGCAAAUCAGAUUGCAGAUGCAAGACGUUGCAAGUUGGCAUACACUUUGCAAUUUUGUUGCAAUCAGAUCUUAAUGCAAUUGCAUUGCAUAACAUGUGCUUGGCUUAAAGCACAAUUUUUUUCAUCCUAUCCCCAAAACGCUUUAUGCUUCUGAUUAAUCAAAGGGACGAUGUGACAUCUAUAAUACAUCACUUGUGAGAGACUGCAUUUAAAAAGCAAAAGUUUGAGAAAAUACGAAAACCACAAAAAUGUAAAAUGCAUGUUUACAAUGAAUAUACCUGUACAUAAAAAAUGAAUUUCCAAUAAUGAUUUAAAGUUUAUUAUCCACAACAAAGACAACAGCAAAAACAUAGAUUAUAUUUACUGUUAUGCAAUAAAUAUAAGCAAGAAAUAUACAAGGAUUUCAAAAUAUUAAAAGUCAUACCUCGACAUGCAUUUUUAUUUCAUUUCUUAAUCCAAAAUAAAGCAAUAUAAGCAUUUUUUCAAUACAUAAGUGUCACUAUAAGUACCUCAUAAAGAAGAAGAGUGCAUCCUAUAGAAAAUAAUAUUUGAAAUAAUUAUUAAAAAUGAAUUAGUAAUUUAACAAAAUAUUCAAUUAUCAUUUUCUGUGCUAAAAGACAAUAGUCUUCAUGCAAACAUGGUAAUGCUAUGUGAAUUCAGACCAUUAAUGUUGGGUGAUUUCUAUUUAGAUGUUGGGGGUAGAGUCAAAU